GCUCGAAUUUGAAAAGAACCUUCGUCCUUGGUUCCUUAUUACAAUAUGGUGGCUCAACCUACUCCAUUCAGUGCAUUAUUACACCAAUUGUUAUCCACUAGCACUAAUGCUGUAUCUUCAAAAGGAAAAGGAAAGGCUAGUUCUCUUGGUUCGCGAUUCUUCUCGUUGGAUACACCCGUUCCUUCUUCUACUACAGAUAGUCAGGCCACGGUUGAAGCUUUUUGUAAACUUAUUGAUCAACAAUCUAUCGAAGAUAAACCUACUUUAGAUUUCGGUGAAAACAUUCCAUUUUGUCCUCCUGAAAAUACUUGGUAUGACUUCGACAAGGAUAUAAGCAAUUUAGAAGAUACAAAAUAUAUGGAAGAGCAACAACAGUUACAACAAAAGUCAGUCUCUACUAUUGCUACUGAUAUUUAUGACCGGGAUUGGUUAUUAAAGCAAAGUUAUAAUCAUGUUGACUCUCAUCCUACUGGUGCACUAUCUCCACAACAAUUAUGUGCAGAUAUUUUUACUGUCCUCCGUUCUGACGAUAGUGAUGAUAGUAUACAAGCUACUCUUGUGGAUCUUCUUGGAUUUGAAAGUUUGGAUUUGAUAGAAAUACUUAUUUCAAAUAGAUCAAAACUAGUCAAUAACAUUAUGAAUAUGUCUGAACAUAUCUCUCAAGCAAAACACAAGUAUCAUCAAAACAAUUCACCGAAAAACCCUAUAUAUGGUACGCAAAUCAUUGUUCAAUCAGAAGAAGAAGUCCGAAAAAGAAAACAACAAAGGAAGGAACAAAAAAAGGCAUCCAAAUAUAGGGAACAAGAGGAUGAAAAUGCAUUAUCUCUUAGUAUUCUUGGCUUUGAUGGGAUGGAACUUAGACAAGCUCGCGAAAAUGAAUUAUUGGCUGCUAGUCAAGGGCCUCUCUUCAGUUCCAAUUACAAACGAAAAGAAGAAGAACGAUACCCACAUGUCUUUCAAUCAACCAAAUCUGGAAGUACAUUAUCAAUGUUUGGUACAAGAUAUGCCCUACCAGCUGGUACAACUCGUGAGGAAUUUGAUGAUUAUGAAGAAACAACUAUUCCUGUGCCAAAACAAGCUCCCAUACGUGCUGGAGAACGAAGAAUCAAGAUUGAAGAAAUGGACAAUCUAGCUCGUGGUGCAUUCAAGGCUUAUGAAACGUUGAAUCGUGUACAGUCGAUUGUCUACCCAAUUGCAUAUGAAACGAAUGAAAACAUGUUAGUGUGUGCCCCUACUGGUGCAGGCAAAACAGAUGUAGCCAUGCUGACUGUACUUCGCUGUAUAUCUCAAUUCUGUGAUCCUCCUCCUGUCAAAGGCUCGACUGAUAUCAAUUUCAAUGUUGCCAAGAAUGAUUUUAAGAUUGUUUACGUAGCUCCCAUGAAGGCGCUAGCUGCUGAAGUGGUGGAAAAAAUGGGAAAACGUCUCAAGUUUGCUGGUAUCACUGUGCGAGAAUUGACUGGGGAUAUGCAACUGACCAAAGCUGAAAUUAUGGCUACUCAAUUUAUUGUCACUACACCCGAAAAAUGGGAUGUUAUCACUCGCAAGAGUACUGGGGAUGUGGAGCUAGCUCAGAAAGUCAAGUUGUUGAUCAUUGAUGAAGUUCAUCUCCUACAUGAAGAUCGUGGUGCCGUUAUUGAAAGUAUCAUUGCAAGAACAUUGCGACAGGUGGAAUCAAGUCAAUCGCUGAUUCGAAUUGUUGGUCUAUCGGCUACUCUCCCUAAUUAUUUGGACGUUGCAUCUUUCCUUCGGGUGAAUCCAUACCAAGGUCUUUUCUUCUUUGACAAUGGUUUUAGGCCUGUACCUUUGGAACAACAUUUUAUUGGUGUUAAAGGCAAGGCGAAUUCAAUCCAAUCCAAUGAACGAAUGAACAAGGCUUGUUUUGAUAAGGUAUCUGAUCUAGUCAAGGAAGGUCAUCAAGUCAUGGUAUUUGUUCAUGCAAGAAAAGAAACUGUAAAGACUGCACAAAUGCUUCGGGAAGAAGUACUGAAUGAAGGCCUACAGGAUUACUUUGAUACAUCACAAGAACCAAAACACAGCUCUUACAAACGUGACGUUUCCAAAUCUCGAAACAAGGAACUUAAAGAAUUAUUCCAAUCUGGUUUUGGUAUACAUCAUGCUGGUAUGCUUCGAUCUGACCGCUCUUUGACUGAAAGGAUGUUCGCUGAUGGUGUAUUACGGGUUCUUUGUUGUACUGCCACACUCGCUUGGGGUGUGAAUUUACCAGCUUACGCUGUGGUGAUCAAAGGUACUCAAGUUUACGAUUCUCAGAAAGGUAGCUUUGUUGAUCUUUCUAUUUUGGAUGUACUACAAAUUUUCGGGCGUGCUGGUCGACCUCAGUAUGAAAGUCAUGGUGUUGGUUAUAUCCUCACUACACAUGACCGUCUUGGUCAUUAUAUAUCUGCUAUCACACAGCAACAUCCAAUCGAAUCAAAGUUUAUUGAAAAUAUUGUGGAUAAUCUAAAUGCUGAAAUCUCUCUUGGAACGGUGACUACUGUGGAUGAAGCAGUAACUUGGCUCAGUUAUACCUACCUUUUUGUCCGUAUGAAACGAAAUCCAUUUGUUUAUGGAAUGGAUCAUUCUGAACCUGCUGAAGAUCCACUGUUAGGAAGAAAACGACACGAAAUCAUCACUAUGGCCGCUGAACGACUUGCACGAUGUCAGAUGAUUAUCUAUGAUCAAACUACUGGGUAUCUUACACCUAAGGAUCUUGGUCGAAUUGCUUCCAACUUUUAUAUCAAACACACCAGCAUAGAAAUAUUCAACCAAAUGAUGAAACCGCGAAUGACUGAAGCAGAUGUUUUAUCAAUGAUGAGUCUUAGCUCGGAAUUCGACAAUAUCAAAGCUCGGGAUACUGAACACAAAGAAUUGAAAUCUCUUUUGGAUCAGCAAUGCGCCUGUGAUAUCAAGGGUGGUACGGAUUCUACACCUGGAAAAGUCAACAUUUUACUCCAAUCUUAUAUUUCAAAUGCUUAUAUCGAAGAUUUCGCCUUGGUAUCAGAUUGUGCUUACGUUGCUCAAAAUGCUGGACGUAUCGCUCGUGCUCUUUUUGAAAUUGCUUUGAACCGAAAUUGGGGACCAACUGCAUCUGUACUAUUGGCUAUCAAUAAAGCUGUGGAAAAACGAAUGUGGACCUUUCAACAUCCUUUACAACAAAUGGGCCUGCCUAUGGAUAUUAUCAACAAGUUGGAAAACCGAACACAUGAAGUCUCUAUUGAAGAAAUGCGUGAUAUGGAACCUUCCGAAUUAGGUGAACUUGUGCAUCAUCGUCGUAUGGGUAUGACAAUCGCUAAAUGUGUUGAUCAAUUCCCUGUACUUCAACUGGAAGCUCGUAUUGCACCAAUGACUCGAAAUGUACUGAAUGUGGAUUUGACCAUCACCCCCGACUUUAUGUGGAAUGACAAGGUGCACGGAUCAGUUGAACCUUGGUGGAUUUGGGCAGAAGAUUCGGAAAAUGUGGAAAUUUAUUACUCGGAAUACUUUUUACUGCAAAAGAAACAAAUGGGUGAAGAACCAGUUCAAAUCAACUUUACGGUACCUCUAGUGGAGCCACUACCAAAUCAAAUCUAUAUUCGUGCGGUAUCUGAUCGUUGGCUAGGUGCUGAAACUGUUUUACCUGUAUCCUUUCACCAUUUGAUUUUACCACAGCUCUAUCCUCCAAACACGGAUCUUCUAGAUUUACAACCUUUACCUGUGACGGCACUACAAGAUGACGUGUUGGAAGGUAUCUGUGCUCAACGAUUCACUCAUUUCAAUCCUGUACAAACGCAAAUCUUCCAUACUUUAUACAAUACUCCUCACAAUGCUUUGGUAGGUGCUCCAACUGGUUCUGGUAAAACUGUAGCAGCAGAGUUAGUAAUGUGGUGGGCAUUCAAGCAACAUCCUGGAUCUAAAGUGGUAUAUAUAGCUCCAAUGAAGGCAUUGGUGAAGGAGCGUGUUGGUGAUUGGAAUAAACGCCUUACGAAAGCAAUGAACAAGAAACUCGUGGAAUUGACAGGUGAUGUGACGCCUGAUCUCAAGACAAUUGAAGCUGCUGAUAUCAUCAUUACAACACCUGAAAAAUGGGAUGGGAUUAGUCGUAGUUGGCAAAGUCGAAGUUAUGUUCGUCAAGUCUCGUGUGUGAUUAUCGAUGAAAUUCAUCUUCUUGGUGGUGAUCGUGGGCCUAUUUUGGAAGUGAUUGUAUCAAGAAUGAAUUAUAUUGGCUCUCAAUUGGAACGCAAGAUUCGUAUUGUAGGGUUAUCAACAGCGUUGGCUAAUGCAAUAGAUUUGGCUGAUUGGCUUGGGAUUGACAAAGUAGGAUUAUUCAAUUUCCGGCAUUCUGUUCGUCCUGUACCUUUGGAAAUAUAUAUUGAUGGCUUUCCUGGAAAACAUUAUUGUCCUCGAAUGGCAACCAUGAAUAAACCGACAUAUGCAGCUAUUAAGACUCAUUCUCCAACACAACCAGUGAUUGUAUUUGUAUCUUCUCGACGACAAACUCGACUGACAGCUCAAGACCUAAUUGCUUAUUGUGGUAUGGAAGACAAUCCUCGACAAUGGUUACGUAUGGAUGAUAUGGAAAUGGAAUUACUUUUGGAUCGUGUUCAUGAUGAAUCACUACGUAUGUCAUUAGCAUUUGGUAUUGGACUUCAUCAUGCUGGGCUUACUGAAGAUGAUCGGAAGAUUGUGGAAGAACUCUAUUUGGGACUCAAGAUACAGAUAUUGAUUGCUACCAGUACUCUCGCAUGGGGUGUUAACCUUCCUGCACAUUUGGUGGUGAUCAAGGGAACGGAAUAUUACAAUUACAAAGUAGGACGCUAUGUUGAUUAUCCGAUUACUGAUGUAUUACAAAUGAUGGGACGUGCUGGAAGACCUCAAUUUGAUAACACUGGUAUUGCUCGUGUAUUUGUACAAGACAGCAAGAAGAACUUUUUGAAAAAGUUUUUGCAUGAACCUUUCCCUGUGGAAUCAAGUUUGCAUAAGUAUAUGGAUGAUCACAUCAAUGCGGAGAUCAUUGGAGGUACCAUCACUUCAAAGCAAGAUGCCUUAGAUUACUUGACAUGGACUUACUUUUACCGACGAUUGCAACAAAACCCAACAUAUUAUGGCCUGGAUGAUCUGACCCAGAACGGUGUGGAUGAAUUUUUGACCAAAAUGAUCAACGAUGUCUCUGAUAGAUUAGCAGCUUCUGGAUGUUUAGAAAUCGAAGAUGGAUUUGAAUUGAUACCAACAACAGCCGGUAAAAUUGCGUCCUACUAUUAUCUUAGACAUCAAACUGUACGACACUUCCAUGAUCAACUAUACAAGCGCAAGCCAGCAGAUGUGGAUAUGGGUACUAUUUUGGAAAUCUUGGGUAACGUACCAGAAUAUGAAGAACUACCGGCUCGCUGUAAUGAAGACAUUUUGAAUCAAGAAAUUGAAAAACACGUGCCUUUCAAAGUCAAAUCAACUCGUAAUUAUAUAUCACCUCAUGUCAAGGCUUUUGUUCUUACCCAAGCUCAUAUCUCGCGACUUGAAUUACCUAUAUCCGAUUACAUUACUGAUCAAAUCACUGUAUUAGAUUCAGCUAUUCGAUUUUGUCAGGCUAUGAUUGAUGUUGCUGCCAACGAAGGUUACUUGACUAUCUGUUUGAAUAUUAUGAAUGCUCUCCAAUGUAUCAAACAAGCUCGCUGGGCCGACGAAUCAACUCUUUUGAAUUUACCACAUAUGGAAUCCUAUAUGCUUCGUCAUAUUCGCUUCAAGGGAAAGCCUAUUCGAUGUUUGGCAGAACUUACACAGUAUACAGAUCAACAAAUCAGAACCAUCUUUCAAAAUAUCAAAGAUCUUAAUACAAAUGCUAUUGAUGAGAUUGUCAACGUGGUAUCAAAACUACCAGUGAUGGAUAUCCAAGCAACCAUUCAGUCAAAGAAACCUUACUUGAUACCCGAAAGUGAAUACAAGCUUCAAGUGAAUUUGACAAGAAACAGUAUUCGGACAAGUGGGAAAGGACAAAGUGGCGGAAAGAUACGUCAAGAUGGAAAGAUUUACGCACCUAUGUUCCCUAAACCUCAGUAUGAGUCAUGGUGGAUGAUCCUCGCCGAUAUCGAACGUGAUGAACUAUUAGCAAUGAAGAGAGUCAGCAUGCGAAAUGGCCCUAAUGAAACUUUGACAAACAAAUCAACCAGCACAUUGAUAUUUGAUACACCUGAACGUCUUGGAAAACAGCGAUACACACUCUUUUUGAUCAGUGACGGAUAUCAAGGAUUGGAUCAGCAAGUAGAUAUUGAUUUUGAAACCAGGAUAGAAUAGAAUUCAAUAGAAUAGCAUAGAAUAGAAUACAAAAAAUGGUGUAUUUGUUUACUAUACUGAAUAAAUCGUUUUUAUUGAUUUUUUUAUAGUAGAAGU